AUGGUAGCUCUGGCAGCUCAUGGCAUUUUAGUGACUCCUUCUGAUUCUUCGCACCUGACCACCUCUUUGUUGGCGGUAGCGUUACUCACCUCCUUUGGGAGUUCUAUGCUCUAUGGCUACAACCUGGCAGUGGUCAACUCCCCUGCAGUGUACAUUAAGGACUUCUAUAACAGGACGGCAGUCAGUCGUAAUGGCACCGGGCUGAACGGAGAGGCGCUGACCCUCAUGUAUUCGCUCACUGUGUCUGUCUUCGCCAUCGGAGGCCUAGUGGGGUCUCUUAUGGUUGGCGUGCUGGUAACUCGCUUUGGCAGGAAAGGCACAGUGGUGAACACAACAGUGCUGGUGUUCAUUGCUGGUACACUCAUGGGCUUCAGCAGGAUCUGUGGCUCACCUGAGAUGGUUAUCUUCGGCCGCUUUGUCACAGGCAUCCACUCAGGUAUCUCUCUGAGUGUGGUGCCGAUGUACUUGGGGGAGAUUGCUCCUAAGAACCUGCGAGGCUUCUUGGGCCUCAUGCCCAGCAUCUUCAUCUGCAUCGGGGUUUUCACUGCGCAGAUCCUCGGCCUGCAUGAGCUUCUAGGAAAGGAGGAGCACUGGCCCCUGUUCCUGUCCGUGGUGGUUGUCCCCACCUUCAUCCAGAUGAUGCUGUUGCCGUGGUUUCCGGAGAGCCCCAGGUACCUGCUGAUUGAGAAGCACAACGUCCACGCCACCAUCACAGCCUUGAAGUGGUACAGGGCCAAGUGUGACAUCCAAGCGGAGAUUGAGGAGAUGCAGGAGGAGCAGCGCUCCCUGUCGUCGAUGGAGACGGUGUCGGUGUGGCGCCUGUUACUAGAUGACACGGUCCGUUGGCAGGUGUUCAGCGUGGUCGUCAUCAACAUCGGCAUGCAGCUGUCCGGCAUUGAUGCUAUCUGGUUCUACACAAAUGACAUCUUUGAAAAUGCAGGCAUACCAGCACCAGAGAUCCAGUAUACCACGGUUGGCACAGGAGCUAUAGAAAUCGUCGCAGGACUUAUUGGGUGUUUCACCAUAGAGAAGCUGGGCAGGAGGCCCCUCAUCAUCGGGGGCUUCGCCAUCAUGGGCGUCUGCUGUGCUGGCAUCACACUAGCACUCAUUUUGCAGGCUCACUUAUCAUUUAUGCGCUACGUCAGUGUGGGCUGCGUGGUCGGCAUCAUCGCUGGCUUCUGCAUCGGUCCAGCCGGCGUUCCCUUCCUGAUGACUGCUGAGCUGUUUAAACAGUCCCACCGGUCAGCAGCUUACACUGUUGGCGGAUCACUCAACUGGAUGUCCAACUUCACCGUGGGUUUCGUCUUCCCAUUUCUCCAGAUGUCAGCAGGAUCCUACUGCUAUCUGGUGUUUGCCAGCGUGUGUCUUUCGGUGGCCAUCUACGUCUACUUCAUAAUCCCCGAGACCAAAAACAAGACAUUUGUGGAGAUCAGCUGCAUGUUUGCCAAAAAGGAGGCCAUCCCAGAGACGCAGGGCCUGGGUCAGGUGGACCAGCUCAAGCUGAGGAAGAUGAACGGCUAUGGCACACUAGAGCACGGCUCGCUGGAGUUCGACAGCUCAUCCUCUGUCCCCUGA